CCGAUCUUCCAAGCAACGCAAGAGUCUCAAGCAAUGCAAUGGUCCUUGUAAGUAUGCUCCCUGACAGUGUCUCAUCCCUGCCUUUCUGCGACGUACGGUAUGGCGCAACAUGCAUGAACUGUAUGAACUGAGAUGGGCAUAUCGUGCCUCUGUCUAGGCAAAACAGUCCUAGUGGCUGCCUUCUGUGACUGUCCGCACAAAUGCAGCAAACGGUGUGAAAGGUGACGAGCUGAGAAAGCACAUCAUGCUUCAGACAGCCGCCAACCGAACAACACAAAAUGCAACAACCACUAACUGACACAACAAAAUCUAUGGACUAAGGAUCACCAUAAUGAGACCCUUGAAUCAAAGCACUUUCAGCACUGCACGCGACGGCUUGUCUCCCUCGCAAUCUGAUCCACUGUGCCCUCCUCUAUCAUUUCCAUUGCAAGACUUUGGUUGAAUCCCACCGUCUCUGUCAAAUCGCGGUUGAGAGCAGGCCGAGCAAGGUCUUCACCAAGAGACACGUUGAUCUCUUCCACUUUAACACGCUGCUCCAGCUGCUUGGAAUGCUCGCCGGCCUCUGCUGUCUCCACGAUUGGCUCGAGGGGCGGUUUCUCUUGUUCAACCACUAGCUCAGCUGCCUUCUCGAGCUCGGCAGGUAUCGGCGCUGUCUGCCCAAUGGCGUGAAAGACCGGCGGCGUCACGGCGUCCGGCGCCUCAUUCUCUUGCAUCACUGGCUGGAGGAACUUCGGCUGAAGGGGCUGCGGCUGCUCAGCUGGGUGGUCAUCUUGAAUGGGCCCCGGUGCAUUAGGCGUCUCCACUGCUUUGCCGACCCGCUCAUCAGUCACAUCAUGCGGCACGAUUCCAACUGCCUUCUCUUCGUUGAUGAGCUUGCGCCGCGGGGCAAGAUACUUCUGCAUCAGCCGCUCUCUGCGCGUGGGGUAGAGACACAAGCAGACAGCAGCCGCAAGCACGAGCAGAACCGAAGGCAGCAGCACAACGAUGGCGAUCGAGGCGCGUGUCUCGACGCAGGAUGUGUCCGAGAAUGCAAACCAGCCGCACUCGCUGUCGUCCUUCUCCUUCUUGACGCCCCCAUCGGCCGAUAGGGCGAAGAAUUGAGGCUGCAGGUCAGCCGCCGUCAGGCCAGAGAUGUGGACUGAUCGGUCCUGCGUCAUCCGAAUAAUGACGCUGCCGUUUUCCACCAACGGUAUAAGGGCCUCCAUACUGUCGAUCUCUGGGUAGGCGCUCAGGUCCAGCACGUCAUGGUCGGUGUCCGUGUCAAAGGAGGGGAUCGUCACGUCUCCCGUCUCGUUGCUCACCACACUGAUCAAUGAUCACACGCAAGGACUCAGCCAACAAGUGAUUGUGUCGUUGUCUGUUCUACUGUCCUGUCGAGCUCACAAUGUGUCAGCACCGUCCAUGCCGAUGAGCACUGCAAAGGACAGCCAAGAUGCAGCCGUGUACAAUCUCGCUCCCGUGGGUCUCCACUGCUUACCGUCAUUUCCCCCGCCACUGACGAGCCUGUCAUUCCCUCCACCACCAGUCAGCACGUUAGCGGCGGUGUUGCCCGUCAGCACGUCGUCUUUUUUUGUCCCCUCCACAUCUGUGAUGGGGCUGCCCUCUUCCAGCGUGAUGCUCUUCGGAUGCUCGGCGUCUGGGCACGACACUUUGGUUGGCGAAACCAUUCGACACACAACAGCAGGGUCCUCUGGAUCGUCAUUGUCGGUCGAGCUGAUAGUGAUCACGUUCUGAUCUAAUACAUCGGAAAGGGCUGCUCAACCCACACAAGAGACGGAUCGUCAAGAGGGAUGGAUCAAUCCCUCGGGGCUCUACGUGUCUGACCUGGAAUCUCGGUGGUACUUGAGUGUGUCUCACUUGGGAGCUCAGUGGUACUUGAGGAGGGCGCCGGGGCUGAAAAUGGUCAAAUGGAUAUACGCUAUCCACAAAGAUGCUGAUGUGUCUCAUUUUUGCGGCUUACCGACAAUCAAAGUACCAGCUGUCACAUUGAAGUCAGACAGGUAAUCGGCAGAACACGACUGCGACUGGUCUGGCGACGCACACCUGCACGCGCACCUAGAUGUCUCGUUGUCUGUGUACGAGGCCAUCUGCCAGUGUUGCCAUUAGCUGACCAGCAGAGGAAGAAGUCUCCUACACGUGUUGGUCUUUUAUCGCCAAUCUCAUAUGUUUUUGACCCCGAUGGGCCACCGGCUUUGGGCGUCCCGAUGUCCUGCUUAUCGGCUCGAAACAAUCCCGUGACCAGCGCAGGGCUCGUGCAAGUUGUAGAAGAGACAAGGAUGGCGUCAUAGUCAUUGAGGUCUGUCAAAGCGGCACAGUCACACAUAGGAAAGAGAGACUGACAAGGGCACCUCCAGUUCGCUGCACAGUACCUGUUCCUGUAAUGGUCAUAGGACAUUCCUCGCCAACAAGGCAGCUGAUUUGAUUGCUGCCAUCGGGUCCUGCACACCGAUGCGGGAGCAUGCAUGUCUGUGUGUAUGUACCGUGAGGACUUCCGUACCUCUGAUUGUCAGGCUGCCGGCCGAGACAAUGUGUUCUGCAUCGCACGACCCUUGACACCUGCAGACAUAUGCACACACACAGCACAUUUAUAUGCCAGCCCCUUCUGUGCUAUCACUUGAGUACCAGCACAGGGAAAGGCUGUCGGCAACUUUCUUCGCAAUGCCAAAGUGAUAUGUCGCUCCGCUGCCACCCGAUGCUGUGGCAGAGUCGACCGAGCUAUCUUCAUCGAAGUACGUUCGCGUUGGCGAUGCACAGCUAUCGUUAGAGAGCAGCAUCGAGUCUCCAUCUGAAAGACCUGCUCAGAGACAUGGAACAUGAGGGGAGUGAGACAGUGUUCGAGUGUCGCGAUUGGGUGGAGUCUCCACCUGUGCCUGCAAUACUGAAUGUGCAGCCAACUCCGAUGACACAGGUGAUGGCUGCAGCCUUGUCGGGGCCUGAGAUGGUGAGAUUGCCCGCAUGAAUGGUAAAAUUCUCAAGACCUCCCUCUGCCUCUGGGUCACAGCCAAACUCUUGUGGACACCUGCGUUCACACACAUACAUACACACAGAGCAAGUCACGUGGCAAUUGCUCGUCAAUAGGAAGACACGCACAGUCGAGAAACGCAGCUCACCAGCACAGGUAGAAUGCUGUGCUUGAUGCGUAGAGAGCCCUGCCGAAAUCAUACAGCUCUCCGCCUCCCGAUGCUGUCGCCUUGUCAUACAAGUCAUCGGCAGUGAACAAAUCCUUAACACCCGUACUCACACUGCAAUCAUCGCCGGAGACCACAAUCAUGUCUCCGUCGGCCAAACCUGUCAUGCAGUAGCAUACACAUGAGGCAAACAAACUGUUCUCUCUUCGUUCACAGAUCGCUCUCACCCAUGCCUGUGACAUUCAUUGAGCACUGAUGGCCGGCAACACAUGAGGAAUUUCCAUAAGUGGGGCCUGUAUUGAUGAAAACAAUAAGCACAGCACCUCAUCGCUCAGUCCCUGUGCACAUACCGUUCACGAUCAGCAUGCCCGCACUAGUCUCAAACCGCGCAUAGUCUUCCUCAUAGUCACAAGGCCCAUCAAUCUUGCGCCAGCACGGGCCGUCUGGUUUAAGGUCACCAAUGCACUCCUGGCGUGGACACCUAAAAGGAGACAGGAAGACGUCAAGCAUACCGUUGAUCGCCAAUAUAGAAUCAGCUGGGUGACCGAACCAGCAAAGGUAGUAUUCCCCGACAAAUCGAGGCUUCUUACUGCCAAAUUCGUACGUCACCAAUGAGCCGUUAUCCCCUGGAUUGGCCGUACUGAGAUCUAUCUCAUCAGCAUCGAAUAAGCCAAGGGGACUGACAUCGACAAGGCGGUCCAUCGAGCAUUGCUCCACAGCGACACGGAGAGUGUCGUUUUCAUGCAAGUCUGCGUCAGCACAAAGAGCGUGUCUCACAAUGUUUUAUUUCUCUUGCCUAUUCGGCACACGCACCAAAGCCGCUGAUAGGGAUCGGACAGUCCAGUGUGACGUAGCAUCGGAUAAUUGCAUCGGCAUGGGGGCCUGCAUUGUGAGUCGUCAUUUGAAGGCACAUAUAACGAGCCUACUGAUGACCACUCACCUCUGACCGUCAACAUUCCCGCAUGAGUAGUAUACUCAUCUAUGAUAAGAUCCGAAGUAGCGUGGUCGCAUUUAUCCCCGUCGUACGUCUCGUCCAGGGAGCACCUGAAUGUAAAGAUCUCCAUGUUAUUCGUUGGCGAUAGUUUUCUCUUUUGCAUACCAGCAGAUAUCGAAUUCUCCAGUGCGUUGAAGACGCUUAUUAUAUACAAAAAAUUCAUCGGCGCCGAGUACGUACUCUUGGUGCUCAUCACUUCCGGGGAUCGUUUGGCUCAUGUAGGGGAAUUCCGGUCCGUUUUGCCACAGAGGUGGUGAGAUCGGAGUGGGAGGAUUACAUGGGCUUGAAGCAUUCCUCUCUGACAGAAUGAUCGAGGCACCAUCGUCCUUGAACCCUGCAGGUCAACGACAGGAACAUUGUAGGAUGACAGAAAGCUUGGUUGGUUGCGUUCUUCUCUUCGUGCCCUACGGUUGUAAUCGCCGGGGAUGAUCCAAUCUACGUCACACGGUUGAGGAGUCAUCCAUUCGGUGCAAUACUGCCCUGCGAUCGCAACGAAACGCGUCUCAUUAUUUGGUCGAGCGGGAGCAACUAAGACAGGAAUGGCAGGGAAGCAGAAUGUCGGACAAAAAGAGUUCGGUCUCUGUUGGUUGAUACCUGCCAAUCGAGGGAUAUCGAUGUGGACCAGUGAGACGAGAAUGAGGAUGAAUAAAUGCAUGACAGAAAA